AUGUUAGGCGGCAUUUCUAGUUUCGUAUCUAUCUAUCUAUCUAUCACAUAUUCAUAUCUAUCUGUUUAUCUCACCCAUAUUCAUAUCUAUCUAUCUAGCACAUAUUCAUAUCUACCUAUCUCGCACAUAUUCAUAUCUAUCUACCUAUCUAUCUCGCACAUAUUCAUAUCUAUCUACCUAUCUAUCUCGCACAUAUUCAUAUCUAUCUACCUAUCUAUCUCGCACAUAUUCAUAUCUAUCUACCUAUCUAUCUCACACAUAUUCAUAUCUAUCUACCUAUCUAUCUCACACAUAUUCAUAUCUAUCUACCUAUCUAUCUCACACAUAUUCAUAUCUAUCUACCUAUCUAUCUCACACAUAUUCAUAUCUAUCUACCUAUCUAUCUCACACAUAUUGAUAUAUAUCUACCUAUCUCACACAUAUUCAUAUCUACCUCUAUCUCACACAUAUUCAUAUCUACCUCUAUCUCACACAUAUUCAUAUCUACCUCUAUCUCGCACAUAUUCAUUUCUAUCUGUUUCGCACAUAUAUCUCUCUAUUUCGCACAUAUUCAUAUCUACCUCUCUAUCUCGCACAUAUUCAUAUCUACCUCUCUAUCUCGCACAUAUUCAUAUCUACCUCUAUCUCGCACAUAUUCAUAUCUACCUCUAUCUCGCACAUAUUCAUAUCUACCUCUAUCUCGCACAUAUUCAUAUCUACCUCUAUCUCGCACAUAUUCAUAUCUACCUCUAUCUCGCACAUAUUCAUAUCUAUUUCGCGUAUAUUCAUAUCUACCUCUCUAUCUCGCACAUAUCCAUAUCUGCCUCUCUAUCUUGCACAUAUUCAUAUCUAUCUCGCGUAUAUUCAUAUCUACCUCUCUAUCUCGAACAUAUAUCUCUCUUUAUCUCGCACAUUUUCAUAUCUAUCUCUCUAUCGCGCACAUUUUCAUAUCUAUCUCUCUAUCUCGCACAUAUUCAUAUCUACCUCGCAAUCUCGCACAUAUUCAUGUCUAUCUUUCUAUCACACAUUCACAUCUAUCUACUCUAUCUCUCUCUCAUUCUAUUUCUGUUCAUUUCUUUUUGUCUGUUUCUGACUAUUAAAUAUCUGUCUUAG